UUAUAAUAACCUUAUGAUAUACUCCAAUGCAUAUGCAUAAUUAACUAAGAUAACUUAGAUUAUAGAUACAUAUGAUUUGAUCACACAUGGUAGUGUUACAUAGGUGCAAGCUGUGAAAGUGGGGCAUUAUUAUUAUAUAAACUGCACUGUGCACACUAGACACUUGACACUGCACAAGUCACAUUGCAGGACCCUCUCAUCUCAUGGAAUUCAGCGUUACAUUCAAACUUCCCCUUAUACCCGCACACUAACCUAAGUUAAACUAUAUUAAUUAAUUAAUCCUGCUCGCUUGCUCCUAUUAGUUUAUGACUUUAUGUUUUCUCUCCCUCUGAUUCUUUCUUGCAAGAAAAGAGAACCACCCAACUCAACCGUUUUGAAAAGUUGGAGAGAGAACGAAAACAUUGUUGAAAUAUGAUAUGAGACAGAUCAAUCUUACUACUUUGGUCUUAAAGUCUUUGGUUCACUUCCAACUUCCAACACUCCACAGCGUUGCUGCUCACUUUGAUUGGUUCUUACCAGAUUUUUUUUUUCUUUUAGUUUAACUCAGAUGGUAUCACAACAAACGGCACAAAAUUUCAUAUAGUUGAGAAUAUAGAGACUGAGAUCAAAAGGAGGGUGUCUGAAAAGUUAGUAUCCGAGGCAAUUUUUUUAGAGGAGGUGGAGCGUUUGGUUUUAGCAUGCAAGUAAGAGAGCCACCUCAAUAGAAAAACACCUUUGAGAGACAAAUCAAAAAAUGAAGAAACAGGAAGAACAGUGUAACAGAGAAUCUAAGAAGAAGGGUCACAUUGUAACUUGGACUCAAGAGGAAGAUGAUAUACUGAGAGAGCAGAUUGGUAUCCAUGGAACUGAAAAUUGGGCAAUUAUUGCUUCUAAAUUCAAGGACAAAACGACAAGACAGUGCAGAAGAAGAUGGUACACUUACUUGAAUUCUGAUUUCAAGAAAGGUGGAUGGUCACCAGAGGAAGACUUGCUCUUAUGUGAGGCUCAAAAAUUAUAUGGCAACAGAUGGACAGAAAUAGCGAAAGUGGUUCGAGGGAGGCAGCCAUGUUGGAGGCAAAUGGAUCUGUAUGAAGACUCUCCAGCCAGUUCUGAAUACAGUACAGGAUCAACUAUCCUCCCUCUCUCAGCUGGUGACAUUAUGGAACACUCUUCACACCGGGAUAUAGAAACUGAAAUGAAAACCACACAAAUUGAAGAUAAGAAAGAAGCAGAUGGAUGUGAGAGAGGUGUUCUAGUUACUGCAACCCUGGAUCAAGAUAUGCUGCUGAAUUCGGAAGAACAAAUAAACAAUGAUAGCGCUGUUUCUGCCUCAUCAAGAGUGGAGUUUGGUUCCCCUGUUCAAGUAACUCCGAUAUUCAGAUCUUUGGCUGCAGGGAUUCCCAGCCCAGAAUUUUCGGAAAGUGAAAGGAACUUCUUAAGGAAAACACUAGGAGUGGAGUCUCCAUCUCUCAACCCAAGUGCUCAACCAUCACAACCGCCACCCUGCAAAAGAGCCCUACUAGACAGUUUACAAUCCUAGAUCUCAAUAUCCAUAGGUUAUUUUCCCCUUUCUGAAUCCUUGACAUCCUUCUUUGCCUAGUUUGAGAAACAUUUCAAUUUUAUUCUGCCCUAAAACUUUGAAAGGCAUACCCUUGGCAAGAAUGUAAUGGUAUGUUCUUGCCAUCUUCAACAUAUCUAACAAUAUCCUUCCCUUCACUCAAGGGUUACCUCCUAGAUAAUGGCACCAAAAAUCAGUGUGCUUUUAGAGUGUGAUUCUUUGGUUUGUCUUCUUUUCACAUUAUUCUGGGUUUGUUUUUCUCCAAUCCAGCAUUUUGCCUUUUUUUUAUGUACAGAGCCUGGUGUGUUAUCAUUAGUCAUCUUGCGCAUAUGUAUACAUUGGCAUAUCGCCUUUCCUACUACAUAUAAUGAACAAAAACAUAAAGAGAAAAGUUGCAAAAAAAGGGGGGGAAAGAAGUGUGUAAUAGAGGAUUUUCAUUAAUUAGUUGGAACCUAGAUUCUUAUUUGUUUGUUUUUGGUGUGCAUAGAUUAUAGAAUAAAUUAUCUUCCCCUUUUUUUUGUUUCUGAUGUACUGAAACUUAAGUAUAAUUGAGUGGUAUUUUGGUUUUGGUGUGCUCAA